AUGCGGAAACUGGUUCGAUCCCUCUCGGAUCCGCCCUCAAGGUCCAGCACUACAUCUUCCUUCUCUUCUGCCUCCACUUCCUUCGCUUCAGCUCAAGGACCCGUCAAUCGUUCUCCGUUCUCCUCCUCGGCGCAAACACAUGCAAAUCUUUCGUCACACACAGUAGGCAUCGGCGGAAAUCGAGCCAGUCUCACAGGUUUGGGGCGCAUUCAGAGGGAAUUCUCCAAGGUUCCGCGGCCUGUUAGCGAUUGGUCGGAUGGUACUGGCAUUGAUGCGGAGCAUGAAGCGGCUAAAGAUGACUUCUGGGAGAAGGCAAAAGCCCUGCUGUGUGCCCAUGCCGGAAGGAAACAGGAACUGGAGAUCGGCUUUGAAAAUGAAGAGGGUACAGGGCUGGGCCCAACUAUGGAAUUCUAUGCUCUGCUCUCGGCAGAACUGCGGUAA